GCCAGCCUCAACAGCAACAACAUCUCCCGCUUUCUACUCCAUGCUGGCCUGACUGCCAUACUUGACUUCUUGUCCGCGAAGCGUUACAAUGUUGUUCGUUGGCAAAGGGGAUUCUCUGCAGCUGGACAUCGUUGGGAUCGUCGCCAUCCUCGGAGAAGGCAGCAUCCUCCGGAAUGCCCAAGCUUCAGCCUUAUCAUGGCACCACGUCCUUCCCCGCCUGAUCCCGGCUCCGCAAGCGCUCCUCAAGCACGAGCAGACUGGGAGGCUUCCGACGCAGACGGGCAUCGUAAGCGGAGUCUAUUCAGGCAACGUCCGCCACGAGCUGAAUUUCUUCACCCGCCUGCUUCACCCGGGUGAGCUCAAACGGUUCCAAAUCGAGGUGGUGGAGGUCUGCAGGAACGAUGAGUACGACGACAGGAAAGACUUUAUCUUUGGCGUCAACGACUACGGCGUGCUUCACGCACUUUCCUGCCUGGGUUGUUUGAUGUCCUGUGCGCUGCUCGGAUUGUCAAUCUGGAGAAAAGAUGGAUUCGCUCUCAUCGCCACCAUCCUACUUUCUCUGACGUCGACGAUUGUAGGCUUCGCCUCUCGCUGGAGGCUCAUCUUCAAGGAGGAGAAUCCCCGGAACCCAGAGGAGGUCAUACCCGAUGGAGACGUCGUCAUUUACUACCCUGGUCCAGGAGCCUUUCGAGUGAUCCGGUGCAACGAGGUCGUGUCUCGUCUUUAUUUCCAGGCGGAAGAAUGUGAAUACCUGCUCAACGACAACUGGUACCGCGCGCUCGCCAUGGUGGGUUCGGCGACCCUGAUCUUCGGUCUGAUUUGCUUGGGAAACGCGCAUACCGUCCUGCAGAUCGGCUUCGCUACUUCAUACAUCAUCCUGAACGCUCUCUACUGGGCUUCCUCGGCGUAUCACGAGCAGCAUCACUGGUCCCAUGCGUACACGGUCACUCCGAUCGAGAUACACCUCCCGACGCGGAAGGGGACCAAGCUCCACGACGUCGAGAUUUCCCGCCAAGCCCCGCUCAGCAGUCCCGUCUCGCCCUUGCGGAAAUCGUCGGUGCAGUUGGAGGCCAACGGGCUUCCGCCUCCCAACCCCAACCGGAGACUGAGCCUGACGGGUUUCCGCAAAAUCAGCAGUUUGGCCGUCCCACGGAAGCAGCCUGAGGCAGUGGACAAAGUGAAGCUGCCCGAGUCCCUGGAGAGUUUCACCGACAUCUUGUGGAUCGCCAUCGCACUGACGCGCAACACGCGGUGGCUGCGGUCGCCGAUUGUGCCGGAUACCGAAGUGUGGGAGGCGUGGGUGGCCGAGGCCACGCGACAGGCCGCGGGCGAGCCGGAGAAGCUGGACGGCAAGAUCCUCCUGCCGCGCUGGGACUACAAGGCCAAGCUGAAGGAGCUGUUCACGGAGGAGAAGAAGGAGAAGAAGAGGCGGCCGAAAUGGCCGACGCUGGAGCAGCUCAACACCCUCGUCCCUCCUGCGCACGAGGAGAAACCCCAGGCGAGGAUUGUGCCCAUUGUCCGAGCUGUGCAGGCGCGCAUGCGACAGGAAUCCGAAUCGACGACGAGGGCGGUGCACUUCGCCGAUGGUGCUGAGCUGACCAUCUCACCCAUCGACGAAGCUGACGAAAGGGACCUGAUGUAAUCUUUCUGCUGUCGCGCUGAGACCUGGGACUUCAGAGACUGGGCAUUGGCAGCACGUGGGCUAUACACCUUUUAUGAGGGAAGCGAAUGACGGU